AUAUUCCAACAAGGAUAUGGUUCUUAAAUGUGACAAUGGAGGCGACAGUUGGAGCUUGUAACAUACCGGAACCUAAUUCUUGGAAAGUUGUUGAGCAUACCAAAUGGAAGAGCUGGAGCGGGCUUGGAAACACGUCUCCCACAGAAGCUAUGCGUCUCUUUGUGAAAAUAUUGGAGGAAGAUGAUCCAAGUUGGUAUUCAAGAGCUUCUAACUUUGUUGCAGAGCCUAUAGUAGAUGUGCAAAUGAAUCAUAAUUCAAAAGUUGAGCCAGUGGUUGAGAAUGGGAAUUCGUUUCCUGAGACAAAGACUAUUUCCACUGAAAAUGGGAGCCUGACAGAAACUCAGGAUAAAGAUAUUGUUGUGGAAGGCCUUGGCUCAGUUGCCAUGUAUGAUCAAUGGAUUGCACCUCCAAUAUCUGGUCAACGCCCAAAAGCCCGAUAUGAGCAUGCUGCAGCAGUUGUGCAAGACAAGAUGUACAUAUAUGGCGGAAACCACAAUGGUCGUUACCUUAAUGAUAUUCAUGUACUGGAUUUGAGAAGUUGGACUUGGUCAAAGAUUGAGGCAAAGUCUGGGGCUGAGUCCCUGGAGUCACCGUCUCCAGUAACGUUUGCUCCUUGUGCUGGUCAUUCCUUGAUACCAUGGGAGAAUAAGCUUCUGUCUAUUGCUGGACAUACAAAGGAUCCAGCUGAAAGUAUACAAGGUAUAAGUCAAUAUCAUUUACCUAUCAAAAAAAGUCAAUAUCAUUUACUGCCUUUUGAUUUAUUUGAGUUUGUGAACUUUGUGGAAAUAUCGUACUUAUAAAAGUGGAAAAACCGU